GGCUAUAUAUUACAAUGAUAGCUUAUUAUAGUUUAGCGAAGUAUAGCUUAUUAUAAUGAUAUACAUUUGCGUACAACUCGAUAGCAUAAACAGCGAAUGACGUCAUUAUUUGCUCGUUUAUAUUCAUUUGCCGAGUGGAUCUCCAUCAGAAAAUGGCAGGCACUGUUUUUCACCAAUUCCGAGACAUAGCAUUGCUAGGUCGCAUCCGAUGCAGUCUGCGUCGUUGGUACACUUACUAAAUAAUAAUUCGCAAACACGCCUAUAUCUUAGGCGAUCGAAUUCAUUGAUUUUCUAAAACCGAAAUAAACAAAGUCAACAUUUUUAUUGUGUUUGGGCUAGGAAACCACUAAAAUAACUUUUAUUGAACACCCUUAGAAACUUUAACCGCGAUAGUGGAUAUUUUUCCUAAUAUUACCAUGCAUGAAAGAUGUAAAUUAAAUAAGUCCAUAUACUCAUGAUAAUUAUUACGGUUUAACUAGGGCAUAUUCUUGCCCCAAUUUCGAAACCAUCUUGGCAUGAAUUUGUGAUUACCAAGUGCAUUGUUCAUUUACAUAGUGUUUAGUGUCAUUAACACAGUGUUUACACAGUGUUGAGUGUUUAAAAAUUACCGUGACACACACGCUGACCUUGUCUAUUGCAUGGGACGAAACUUGAUCACAACUGUUAAGGACUGUGAUUAGAAGACAGACGAGAAAAUACGACGUAAUAUUCGACAUCUUUUUGGUUGCCUAUAAAGAAUUGUAUUAUUAUUAAAUAAAAGAUAUAUAGUGUUGACAAAGUGCAAAGAAAAACUGCUAUUCAAACAUUUUAUUAAUAUUCCUGACAAAGUUUAAUAACGUCGAGGUCUUAAAAUUGUUGUGAAUGUUUAUAGAUUCAAAAUAAGAAUAAUUAGUCUUGUAUGUUGAAAUCCAUACUUACUUUUUUUCACGACGAGAACAACUUUCAUUGAACAAAAUAUUCCACUUGCACGAGUUGUAAGAUAUGAUGAGAUAUUUGAUCCGCAUGCACCUGCGAUAUAUAUAUUUUACUCGUGAACAUUCUCACAAUAGCUAUAAAUCAUGCAAUAUAAUUAAAACACGUGAAAGCAAAUUGAUAUAAUAUUGACUCAUUCUGUAUUUUCUGAUCCAUUAUCACUCGGCCGAUGUGAAAUUUUACACAUGUGCGCAAUUGUUUUACGCAUCAGUGCGUGAUUGAUUGCAUUCGUGUGGGUGUCAUUUUCGUCAUCAAAUAUAUUGCAAAUGUUCUAAAAAUCGUCUAAUCUAUCUAAGUAGGUUAUUUCCCUGAGGUUGAUAUAGGUUAUACGUUUGAUGUAAAAUCAAGUAAUUUUGAGGUUUUGUAAGUUAAUUAUGCAUGGACAUUAAACGUCUAAAAAACUGUACAUUUGCAUCCAGGAUGCUUUUCUACAGAGUUUUUAAUUUCCCAACAAAAUUACUUUCUUUACUUUCUUAUCACUAAUGACAUCGUCCGUGUAUCUAUAACUGAACAGACAACGAUUCAAUGUUAUCUAUUUGUUAAAUUAUAAAUUCAAAUAAUUAUUAUUUUGUACUCUGGUAGUUCACAAGAGUCGACCUAUUUCAAUUUUGAAAAUAAAUGACACAAAUUGUUGCGAACGAUGAAUGAAUGUGAAACCUGGACAAUGAACAUAGUCAUUGUAUGUCUAUAUAUCGUCGUGUUACUCAACAUUGUUCAUUGCUCCUAAAAUACACUUUUACGCCUGGUUUCCAUAUCGUACGUCGCAAGUGUCAAAAACAUGCAUGUCAAUGGUGGCUGCUGGUGUGAUGCAAUAUUUCUGUGUGCAUGUGCAAUCAAGACUGGCCAAUUUGAAUAUACAAUUAAGUAGACAAGCUUAAAUCCAGACUUUCUCAUUAGUAAAAAUUACUUGUAAAAAGACAUUAUAAUUUUGCUAUAUACUAAAUAUUGCAGGAAAUCUAAUAACUAAUUGACAUUAGAAAAUCAUCAAAUUGGAUGGUUCAAUGCGAUGCUACCACACAUACAUACUGGCACGACAUUCCGACGGGGCGGGGAUCUGGGCCUAGGGCAUAAUAGUGGGCUAGAAAUAUACAUCUCAGUAUAGCCAUAGGUACCCGAAAAUGUAUCACAGCAUGAACCCUCACUUUAGCAUGGUGAUUUAACAGUGAUUAAGUACGAUUGAACAAUUUUAUAGCGUCUUUGUUGACGUGUUCCAGGAGAUUUAAUAGCAUGCAGCAGCCACUGGCAUUGAUAAAAUAUUUUUGCUUUCGUGAUGAAUUUGCAUUGUGAAUAUGUUUUCUUUCAUGUUUGUUACUUGACGUGUAAAAAAUGUAGCUUUCCAUUGAAUUUGCGUUGUGAAUAUAUGUUUCCUUUUAUUUAUGUUUGUUACUUCAGGUAUAUAUGACUAUGAUAUAGCUAAUACAGUAUAUCAUAUUCGCUGCAUAUGAGCUGUUACGCAUGCAAUUUAGUAAAAAAACCAGAGCUAUUCACCAGGCUAUAUAUCAGCUCAUACAUGCACGCGGGUGAGUGGUAAAAACAACUCAUUUAAUAAGUUUGCAUAUUUUUAUUUAUUACCACACUAUUCGCUAUCGUCAUAUUUCGCUCGUUUAUUCAUUCAUCAGUUGCCUGGAGCUCCACCAGGAAGUCGGAUACACUCUUUUUCACUACUAACAGUUACCAUACAAACUAUUGCUGUGGUGCAGCAAUCGUCGUCCUCGACACAACUACUAUGUUCUCCUACGCAUUCUCCGCGUCUAUAUCUUGGGCGAUCAAAUUCAUUGACUUUCUGAAAUCAAAAUAAACAAAGUCAACACUUUUAUUGUGUUUGGGCUAGGAAACAACUAAAAUAAACUUUUUGCAUUCUGUCCUCUAUCCUAAGGGGUCAAGAUAGUUUUUGACUAUGCACGUUCUGAAUUUUUAACCGUGAUAGUAAAUCUCUUUCCUAAUAUUACCAUGCAAGUUAAAUAAGGAAUUAACUCAGUGUUUAGUGUUCAAAAAAUCCGUGACACACAUGCACGCUGACCUUUUCUAUUGCAUAGGACGAAACUUGAUCACAACUGUUAAUAAGGACUGUGAUUAGAAGACAGACCAGAACAUACGACCCAAUAAUAUUCGACAUCUUUUUGGUUGCCUAUAAAAUAAUUGUAUUAAUAAUAAUAAAACAUAUAUAGUGUUGACAAAGUCCAAAAAGCAAGGCAUCAUUAGAACAAACUCAGCCAAGGUGGCAAAUGAAAUUAAAAACAUUUUCCAGGAAUUUUUUUUUAAUAUUCCUCACAAAGUUUAAUAACGUCGAGGUCUUGAAACUGUUGUGAAUGUUUAUAGAUUCAAAAUAAGAAUUAUUCUUAUAAUUGUAUGUUGAAAUCCAUACUUACCUUUUUUUCACGAUGAGAACAACUUUCAAUGAACAAAAUGUUCCACUGCGCGAGUUGUAAGAUAUGAUGAGAUAUUUGAUUCGCAUGCACCUGCUAUAUAUAUAUAUUUUACUCGUGAACAUUCUCACAAUAGCUAUAAUCAGUAAAUGAAACAGAUGAAUGCAAAUUGAUAUAAUAUUGAGACAUUCUAUAUUUCCUGAUUAUUGCCUGAUCCAUUAAAACUUGGCCGAUUUAAAAUUUUACACAUGUGCGCAUGCUCAAUCGACAUCCACAAUCUACCCCCUUCCUGUAACUUCCAAAUUUUCACUAAAGGUUUUUUAUUACGGAGCAUACGUUUAAUUUUGAGAUUUUGUACGUUAAUUAGGUCCAUUCAAUGUCUAAAAAACCAUUUGCAUGCAGGAUGUUUUUCCACAGGGUUUUUAAUUUCCCAACAAAAUUACGACGAUAAGACAAUGAUGUGUAAUGAUUUUAGAAAUCAGAAAAAAGACCCGAACGCACGUUCUCGUGGGAAUCUGUGGCUGGUAGAAAAAGUUACUAUUUCGCAAGAAACAUCUAAUUUGCUCUAAUUCAUAAUUGAUGUCUCGUUCGUCAUUUUCCUAUUAUAUUUUAGUCAGUUGCAGCCUUUUCCCUUUAGUUUAAAAUAGUCAAAUGGCUAUGAUUGUAAGUCAUGCAUUUAGCACCAGUGCGCUCUUCUGGUGGUGUUAUAUUACUAUUAGUAUAUAUUCGUUUGACAUAUACAAACAAUAAUGUAUGGUCUGCAUUCUUUUAAAACUUUUUAAGUCUUUUGUUGUGUGUAUAGAUCACGGAGUCGAUUUCAAUUUUGAUAAUAAGUUACACAAACUGUUGCGCAUGAUAAAUAAAUGAAACUGGUAAUAAAAGCAUUCUUGAAGCUUAAACUUUUCCUAAGAAUGGGAGAAGCUAUUUUCCUAAGGCCGCUACGCAAAAAGCUUUAUCUAUCGGAAAAUAAUACACUCCCUGCCACUGACCUUGCACGAUUGUUAGGAGCUACAGUUUGAACUAACAAUUGAUAUUUUUACUAAAAGAUUGUCAUGCAUAUAUUUGAUAAAAUAAGCUAUUUCAAUGGCAAUUGGACAGUAUGCCCGCGAGUGUAGAAAUGAUUGAUAUAACUUUAUAUAUUGCAAAAACCUGCAGGGAAGAGACGAGAAAGUAUACUUGCUUAUCAUAAUAAUUCCUAUCUCGAAAAGAACAGAAAAUGACUUUGGUAAUCUCUGUAAGGACUUCAACUUGGAUUUUGAAUUAGGCUAUAUAUGCUGCAACUGAACUUAUUGAAAUACAUCAGCCUAUUACUUUGAUAAACAAAAUAACAAUUUGUUUAGGACUUGCUUGUCAAUCUUCGAAUUUCGAAUGUGACGUAAUAAUAAUUAAAUGUUCGAACGCUCGUUAAUUGACUUCGUUUUCGUAAUUAGUCUACAUUAACUAAAAAGUACGAUGACUUCGAACGAAGGUGUUAAGCUUCCCCCUAUUUUUAAUAAAACCAUAACGAAACAAAAUGAAACGGAACACUCUUCACAGAGCGAAAGCAGUUCUAGCCCUACGUCAAGUAGAAGAUUUAAAUCGUUUAAACAAAUUGUAAACAUUGUUGGUAAAAGCUCAAAAUGGACCAAAGAGACGAACAAAGAAAUCAAGAAAGAUCAGUCAAAGAAAAUUUCUACCAAAGAAAAACGUUUAACCUUCAAUGUUAGUGCUUUCAGAGCACACGCACGCUCAGUUGGCUCUCUAUCCUCAGAAGUAAAAAAAGCCUUGGUUAAAUCACCAUGGGAUAGAACACCGAAAGAUUUAGCUUUAGUCCAGAAUUUGAUAAUGCGUAUUAAAGCUUUUGAAACUUUUUCCACUCAUUUGAAGUCUGAACUUUCUCGAGUUCUCUUGUAUCAAAAGUUUGGCGCAGGAAGAGUUGUAAUACAACAAGGUCAUUUGGGUGCAUCAUUUUAUUUCAUUGUGUCUGGUACAGUGACAGUGCAAAGGGAAGAGAAAGAUGAUCGUACUGGCGAGAAACAUGUCCAGGUUUUAGGCGAAAUGUCUGAUGGAGGGGCAUUUGGAGAACUAGCUCUACUUCAAAACACCACUCGAACAGCAACAAUCGUGUGUAAAACUGCUUGUGAAUUUUUAAAAAUUGACAAAGAUGACUUUAAUCAGGUUUUAAGAAGUAGCCAACAAAUCGACUUUGAAAAGAAAAUGACAAUAUUCAAAGAACAGUCUUACUUUGAAAAAUGGUCUAUGCAAGAAGUGCGAUCAGCCAAUGCUAAUUCCAAAGUCGUUCUCUUUCCUGCUAAUUCGAUUAUUUUAAAAGAUAAUGACGAAGAAUAUGUAUAUUUCGUACAAUCGGGCAGAUGCAAGGUGAUUCGUGAAAUAACAGUUGUUAAGACUAAAUUACCCUUUGGAAAAAGUCAUAUCGCCUUGGUUUCUCGUGGAAAGCCUCCUUCAUUGUCAAAAGAUCAGUCAUUAGAAAAAAGGUACUUGGUGUUAAUGACAAUAGGUCAUGGAGGAUAUUUUGGGGUUGGCGAGGAUCUAAAUGAAACAUGGAUAGUCAGUGAAGACAAGGUUGAGUGCCUCCUUGUAAAACGCAGCGUUUUUAAGAAACAUGACGGCGGUCGAGAGCUAACUCUUCUGCGGGACAAGUUAAAGGCGUCUUAUCCUACCAAAAAAGAAGCUUUUAAGAGUUUUUUAAUGGAAAGAAAGUGGAGAAAAUACAAGAAAGCAUUGAUUGACGAACUCAUCAGCAAACGUUGUAAGCCUUUAACUACAAGAUAUAAAGAUAUUCCACGUGUUAUAAGACGAAGGCACGAACAUUAUAUCAGGAAAUUAUAAAAAAAAUUAUUCAAUUCUAUUUGACCGGUGACCACUCAUUUUUAUGUUUAUUUUUAUUGUUCUGUUAUCAAGUGAGGUUUAUAUUUUUUCCAACACUUUAUUA